CAAUCUCGCAUAGAAACAACAUCUAAGAUAACUCCCCGUCGACCUCCUUCGGCACCUCGCCCUCUUACUGUCAGCAUGACCGGCUCCAACGCCGCCGACGCCGCUAUAACAGCCGCGGACUACAAGAAGCUAAAAGAAGACUUUGUUUCAAAUCUCCCCGGCGGCUCGAUUGCCGAAAUAAACUACGCCACCGCUAUGGCGCCGUCCCGCCAGUCCCUCUUUAAAGCCGAUACUCCCUUCUCGCUACUCGUCGAUUACCUCCUUAAUAUUGCCCCUAUCCUAGUCUCCGUCACCCUCUACACUAACUCCCCGCUCCUCCUUAAUACCCUUCUCUUACUUACUACCCUCCUCGUCUACACCCUCCCGCGUAAUAUCGGCGCCCCGCGGAAGAAGCCUAUCGCCCCCCCUCCUAAGGAUACGAGAACGCGUAAGGACGCCCCCGCCGGCCCGCCGGCCGCCCUCCCCCCUAAGCCGUUCUUAACUAACUACCGCGGCGGUAUACUCGUCAUCACCACUAUCGCCAUUCUCGCCGUUAACUUCCCCGUCCGUACCUGGGGCGACGGCCUAUCCGUGUCGCGCCGCCUCGCUAACCUGCCCUACGUCUUCUGGGUCGCCGCCUUUAACUCGGCCUAUAUCCUCGCCUACUGCCUUAUCGAGACCCUCUUCUUCCCGGCCGUGGUGUAUAGCAGCACUGCCGCCGCCGAGAGGGACGCCUACCGCACCGCCACUAGCCGCGUCCUGCACGCGUAUAACCGUAACGGACUGGCUAUCUUUUUACUGGCUAACUUGCUCACGGGACUCGUUAACCUGACGGUGCCGACGUUGGAUGUUGGGCCGGUGGCGGCUAUGGCUAUCCUUAUGGCGUAUACGGGGACGCUAACCGCUACCGCCUUGGUUUUGGAUGCGUAUGAUAUUUCCUUGAAGUUGUAA